AAUACUUCAAAUAUGCACAUGCAUCCGCAAUUUUAGAUAACACGAGGAAGUUUACACUGCCGCUAAAGGAGGGUUUUUAUCAAAAUUGUGCAAAAUUUGUCAUUAAUGGAAUACAAAGUAUCAGGAUAUCUUUUUAAAAUAUCAUUUAGCGAAUGAUCCAGUACUCAUGGGGUUUCGUAUAUUAACAGUUUUACUAGCCGCGUUUGCAGUAUAUAGUAUGGUGACAUGCUUACCUAGCAACGACUGGCAUUUCAAAGGACAAAAUGUUGCAUUUGGGAAAACAGCAUCUCAAAAACCUGCUACAUUUACAGAAAAAAGUUAUCCGUACACUUUGUAUCCUGCGAGUCUUGCUGUUGAUGGAAAUGAUGACAACGACUUUUCUAAAAAAAGUUGUAGCCGAACUACAUUUUCAUAUCCAGAACAUAUUGCACAGUGGCGUGUGGAUCUUGGAGGAACGUAUGAUGUAACUGGCAUUAUCAUCGUCAACAGAAAAGAUUAUAGGGAGCGUCUCAAAUAUUUUAUCAUUUAUGGCCGAAACUACAAUACUUGCUGGAAAUGGUGCGAACUUUACAAUGAUCGCAACAAUUCUGCUUACAAUAAUGCUACUAUUCGCAUAGCGAUAAACAACCGACAAUCAUAUCAUAAAGUAGCCAUUAACUUGCCAAAGAUUGAUGGUGUCCCCGACAGUGGAGGUUUUAACUUGACACUGUGUGAAGUAAAGAUUUUUGAAGCUCCACGACAUGUCUGUAAAGUACCCAAGCCAUCUGAUAAAAGACAUGUGGUUAUUUACGAAACGACUGGUCUUUUAGUAAAUGGAAUGUAUACUGUCGGAACAAUUCUUCAAUUUUAUUGUGACGACGGCUUCCUAAUUAAUGGAUCAAACUUUGUCAAAUGUUUAAGCGGAGGUGAAUUUAAUCAAACGCUUCCAGUAUGUACAGCUGCAUGUAAAAAUAUGACGAUUGAUAACGGUCGUAUGUAUCCACUACAGACAUUAUACAAUGUAAAUUCACAUGCAACAAUUGAAUGCAGUGUAGGUUUUCUACCCCAAAGACAAGAGAUUAUAUGUCUGUACGGAGGGUACUGGAAUCAAUAUGAGCAAUGCAAACAAGUGUUAUGUGAUUAUCCAGGACGACCAAACAAUGGAUAUUAUAUUUCAAAUUCAACUAACAGUAUAUCUGAAUUCUCAUCUCUACCAUUUGGUAGUAUAAUAACAGGAAGGUGUUACGAUGGAUAUGAAAGCAAUGAUAAUGAUAAAAGAGUUUGCCAAAUUAACAAGACAUGGAGCGGGAUACCAUUUACAUGCAUUUCAAUAGAAGCAACAGCUGAAGCAAGCCAAGCGGGUCUUAUCGGUGGUAUAACUGCACCUCUAGUCUGUCUACUCUUGGUUUCUUUAGUGGUUGUUUUCUUUGUCCGUCGCAGAAUGUCUUCUCCUGGGCCCGUCGUUUAUAUAAACUGCAAACUCAGCACGAACAAAGCAUGGACAACUAUUGAUACAUACAUCAUACGGCCAAGUUAAAUUUUACUUUUUGCAAAGGUACCUCAAAUCAUUCAUAAAUAUGACAAAACGAGAUGUGUUCAAAACUUUCCUAAGAAUCAGCACUGAAUAUCAUUAGUGUUUAAAAAACUUUUAAUUGCAAUAAAUAUUUAUAUGCAAUCUAAUUUCAGAUCUAUUUGACUUGGUAUUUUUACUUAGCACAAAGACACAAAUCAAUGAAUUGUCUUUGCCUCAAAGAGGACAAUGUUAGUGACAUUAUAUAAAUAUUGCAUUC